AUGCAACCUCCAUAUCCGUGCCCAACAGCCACUUGGCACAACGAUGUCUAUCAAGCUAUUGACGCUACUCAGCCAGCCCUUAGUCAAGCAGGACGAACUGUCAUCGUCACAGGAGCGGGUAGCGGAAUUGGACGCGAGACAGCCUUGGCCUUUGCCAAAGCGGGAGCCAAGCAUUUAGUACUCAUUGGCCGCACUGAAUCAGAUCUACUUGAGACGCAGAGUCAAAUCCCUCAGAACACAGCCAGCAGCUCAGUAUUUGCUACAUCAGUUUCUGAUGAGGCAGGAAUAAAAAAAGUAGCUGAGGCGGUUGGCACGUGGGAUGUUCUCGUGAUGGGUGCGGCAAGCAAGGGUAUCAAGGGACCUAUUGUCUCUGUAGAUCUCGCCAAGUGGUGGGAAGCAUAUGAGACUGAUGUUAAAUCCAUUGUAAUAAUGGCCCAAGCCUUUUUUCCAAAUGCGAAUAAGGCUGGCGCAUAUGUGUACGGACUCACCUCAGGGAGUUUGGUGCUACCAGUUACAUGGAUUGCUGGGCAAUCGGCUUACCAGAGUGCCAAGACGGCACAAGUGAAGAUAAUGGAGUUCUUAGCAUUGGAGAACCCUGACAUCUUCAUUUGUACUGUCCACCCUGGAAUGGUGGACACCAAGGUAUUUCGUGCAGCUGAUGUUGAUCCUGCUACACUACCGAUGGACACUGCUGCGUUGCCUGCGAACUUCCUAGUGUGGCUUACCCAGCCGAAGACAAAAUUCCUGAAUGGACGGAUGAUCUGGGCUAACUGGGAUGUUGAUGAACUUUGUGCGCAAGCCGAGAAGAUUCAGAAUAGUACCAUCUUUACCCUUGGAUGCGAAGGAUGGCCUUUCGUGCCUGGAGGAUGA